CUCUUUUAUUUAUAACUAGACAUACAAGCGCGCGCUACGCGUCACUAAGCUUUUCAUAUUAUAUAUUUUUAUAUUAUUCGUGAUGGUAGCGAUGUACCGUCGUGAUGAAAAAUAGAAACUCAUUCAUCCUUGUUCAUCUUAUCUUUGUCCUUGUUCAAAAUCGAAAAUUUCAUUCACUACUAACCUCGCCCGCUUUUUACAAAUUGUCAUAAAUUGACAGUAACUCACGAAUUAGCGCAGCAAAAGAACCAAUCAGCAUCGCGGAAAAGCGGCAACAAUAACUUCGAGAAAUGCGAAAAGUGUUCCGCCUCAAGCAAUUUGAUUUUUUAAUAAGCUACAGCUUUUUAAUAGCAGAUUUGAAGACAGCAUGAUUAUCUUCUGUUAAGAAAUUUAUACAUAUUGACAGAUAGAUCAUAUUUUUCGUGGAAGGACUUGUUAAUGUUAAUAGCAUUGAAUCGUAUGCAUCGUGGGAAAUGCUCACGUUGCAAUUCGGACAAUGCGGGAAUCAACUGGGACACAAUCUGUUCUCAAAGGUAAUUUCUGAUAUCGAAUGCUCGAAUACCGGCGUCUCUUAUGGUGCGAAUUACGAGUAUACGGAAAGCACAAUCGAAAGAUGGUUCGACGGCGUCACGGAGUACGGACAGCAUGUUGCAAAAGCGAUUCUCAUCGAUACUGAAGACAAGGUUGUGAACAAGAUAUGCAAGAAUGUAAAUGCGUCAUGGGUCUAUCAAACGAGUAAUAUUAUUUGUCAGUCUGAUGGUGGUUCUGCCAACAACUGGGCUUAUGGCUACAUGGUGAACGGUCUACAUCUGUCGAAUGCGGUGCUGAAUGUUACACGACAAGAGAUUGAGAAGUUGGAUCAUUCCCAGGGAUUUCUCCUGCUUCUUAGUUCAGCCGGUGGCACAGGAUCUGGUAUCGGAAGCUACAUGGUGGAACUUUUACGUGAGGAAUAUGAGACCAAACCCAUCAUUGCUGCAAUUGUGUUACCGUUUACAUUUGGGGAAGUUUGUACCCAGAAUUACAAUACUAUGCUGACUCUAGCUAAGUUUUCAGAUAGAGCCGAUCUUUCUGUGUUACUCGAGAACGAGCAGAUGCAUUCCAUGUGUACCAAUUUGUUGAAAAAUUCUAAUACGACAUUGCAUGACAUGAACAAUAUCAUUUCUGAAAAUCUGCUUGCUGUUUUUCAACCUAUCUACAAUGUGAAGUGUAACAUGAAUUUUUUAUUGUCCAAAAUAGCUGCAUAUCCCAAUUUUAGAUUUGUAACCAUCAAGAGUACACCACAUACUCCUGCGACAUCUUUGCAAUAUGAAUCUACGCACAAGUGGGAGAUAUAUGUACAACAUCUGAAGCAAACGCUUCGAGUUUCAAAUUUACAAGCGGAAUUAACGAACGUACAACUAAAGGCACCAAACCCUACAUUAAGCAAAACAAUAAUAUCUCAUAUGUACAGCCCUUGUGUGUCCAAUAUUCUUGUAACACGUGGCAAAUCAUUGAAGAAUGAUAUUAUAAAUCCAGAAAAUCUACAGAAAAGACAUCUGUAUCCAGAAUGGAUUACUCUGAAUUCGUUUACUCAUUUGCAUCAGGAACGUAGAUUUUUAAAUAGGGACAAAUUCCUAGCGUUGGUUAGCAAUAAUUCCAAGAUAUAUCGACCAUUGGACAUAUAUCUAGACAAAGCAUGGAACUCUUACAAAUCUGCGGCUUUUUUGCAUCAAUAUAAACAGUUUGGUUUGGAGGAAGACGAUUUUUUACAAGCUUUUGCAAAAGUUGAAAACGUAGUACGUGAAUACAAAAACUUAAAAAGCGACAAUGGAAACUAAGUUUUCUUAGCUUUCAGUCAGCAUCAUUACUCACCUAGCUUUAUAUUUAAGAAAGAUUUUCGUUCAAUGUAUAUAUUUUUAGAAUUUAAGAAAUAGAAGAGAUGAAGUCUUACCUAGUAAU